GUUGAAAAAAGUGACUAAAAUGUUGGAAAACGUCAAAAGCGCAGAACAAAUCGACAAAAACGUCAGAAAAAGUGACAAAAAAACUUGGACAAAAGUGACGAAAACAUCGGGAAAAACGACAAAAGAGGACCAAAACGUUUGCACGGUCGUUGGGAAGACAACACCAGGGUUAAAAAGUGGAAACCAACCCCAAAAAGCUCUGAGUUCCUAUAUUUUUUCUGAGCUGGUCUGCCACAGCCCAUCCCCUCUCGCCCUCUCGCCCUCUCAGCCUUUUAUGCAACAAUAGAAACUUGUUUCCGGGAUCUGUGCGUCAGGCUCUGUGAUUUGAAAGACCCACCAGCACAAAAGCCAAAGCCUCUUGACUGGGGAAAAAAAAAAAGAGGGAUAUAGCUGCCAUGACUGUGAUGAUGUCACAUUGCCAGAAAUUGUGCUGCUAGCAAAGAGAGGAAGGCAGAAUCACUUUGGGCAGGCGUUAAAAAGCUCAUGUUGUGAUAGCUGACCUCCAUUUUCCUCCUACACUUAUAACUGUAAUGAAGUGAACGUUUUGAAUUUACAAAGAAGUGCCUAAUGCCGGGUACAACUGAAUAUGCAAAGUAUCUGCAGUUCCCAUACGUGACCCUUUGUUUUUUUCUGGCUAAUAUAUCAGCAGGUCUUUUAAUGGCCAGCUGUAUAAACGGGAAGAUGUUCUUUUAUUUUGUAACCAUUUGUUGCUCAUAGAUUUGAGUUUUUCUGUGUUUCUUUUUCAGUCACAGACUUGUUGUUGGGCCACAGAUAAUAAGAUCAGUGCUAUCACUUUCACUGUCCCUAUUCUCCGACGGGAAUUAACAUGAGAAAGAUAUUUUUUUUUUGAGCGGCUUCACUCCCUCGCUGCUUCAGACUUUUCUUUUCAUCCCUCCAACUCUUAAACGAGUCGCCGCCUCACCUCAACGUGCACUUUUGUAAGAGGAGGGAUCUUCGUUCAGUUAUUAUAAGUACGAAUAAUUAAUGAAGGAUUUAAUCUGAUCAGAUCGAGACUUCUGCAUUCUCUGGUAAACAGAUUUAAAAAAAUAUGUGCAGUAGUAACAGCAAGUUACACAUUUUUAUUGUAUAGUCAAACUAUGCCCAACUGUCCAUUCACUUGCAAUUCAGUUGAAAUUCCACUUAAACUGGGAUAAGUGCUGGCAACAUAGCAAUCUGGCUCUUGGACACAUCCUCCAUUGUAUUCACUGCUGGCCAAGAAACUUCCUGUAAAUACGUUAUUGUUUACAACAGAAGUUUCAUACCCAGGAUUUCUUAAGGUCAACAUUUCUUCUGGCACACUGAGCCUGAACUGCACUUUAUUCCCCUUUAAUUUAACAGCUCCGGCAGCUUUUCUAGUUAAAUCGACUGUUCAUUAUUGAGAGCCAUUUUACGAAGGGGCUGUGAGGUGCAAUUUAAUGAAUCUCUGGCACAAAGCUCCCUUUCACUGCCGGGCGAAGAAUAGAAGCUAUUUAGACCCUGUAGGGCUUUAUGUCAAAGGCAGCCCAUAAUAGUUGUCAGGCCAGGGCAGAAAUUCCCACUGGCCUGGGAAUGCACUAGAAAUCAACUUUUGCCAUGAGCAGAUUAAGACACAAGCAAGCAGUUGGGAAGAUUCUCCAAAAUGGUGGCAUCUGUUGGGGCACAAAGAUUUUUCCCACAGAAAAGAAGCCUUUCUCGCUACUUUAUAGCCGUGAUUUGAUAGUUGGGUAUGUUUCAGUGCCUAAAUGAACAGUAAUUAGAUUACAAGUUAACUUCUGUUUGAUAAUCCAGACAGGGAACUCCUAAGUAGGCAUGGUGAUUAAAUGGUGGUUAAAAUGUGUUGAAAAAAGCAAGCAGGAAUCACAUGAACAAUGACUUUUUUGUGGGAUAUCUAACUUUAACAAAAACAAAAAUGUUGGUUUAAAUGUAGUUUGUUGAAUAAUCAUGUGUAUAAAAACAGAAUAUGUUGUUGUAAGUUAGAGAGAUGACGGUGUAACAAUUCUACCCAGCAGAAAUACUGUACCCAUCAGGAUUUCAAAGACUUUUUCUGCUCACCGUUCAGCGCUCACAGUAAUAUCCUCCAGUUUCAUGAAAGCGUUUUUGGUUCAGAGCACACACAAACAGUUAAACUAGAGGGGGAGAGUUCUGACAGAGGUUAUUGUCUUCAACACAGCAGGGAAUUUCAGACAAAUCCCUCUUAGAUGCAGGUGGUCAGGCACAAGCAAAGAGUUAAGUCCUGCGGUCUCUUUGCCCCUCCUCUUUGAUGUUCUGACAUCAUUAGUCCAGCCCCCUGAAAGAUCCCCUCGCUUUCCUCAGAGCCCGUCACUUCUACUCUGGAAUGUUUACAGGAACUUCAUGAGCAGCAUCAGGACCAAGUGUUUGUCAGAGGAAAAAAGACAUGCUCUGAAGACAUUUUUGGUUCAGGGAUCACACAGGAUGCCACAGGUGUAUUAGCUGCUGGGCUCAACAGAGUAAUGGCUGUUCAGACUGCAAUCAUGAACCCUCAGUUCAUGAAUUUCUGCUUCCCUGGUUCUGUGAUGGAGUACGAGGUGGAGAAAAGUCUGGAUGGGAGUCUCCUCGGUGAGGCAGAAAAUGACGAGGACUACAAAGAGACCACUCGGGACUUGCUGAGCUUCAUAGACUCGGCCUCCAGCAAUAUCAAGCUGGCUCUGGACAAGCCGGUGAAAUCCAAGAGGAAAGUCAACCACCGGAAGUAUCUGCAGAAGCAGAUCAAAAGGUGCACCGGCAAUAUAACCCCAGGAAAUGUAGCAGAAGUCCCAGUUAAGAGACAGGGUUCCCCCCUGGCUCAGCCCUUGCAGAGCAAAACUCUACCUAAACGUGACGGGGUCCAGGCCAAUUUACAGAGCAAGAGCUUGGCGGCCCUCUUCAGCCCUGUGAAGGAUAUAAGGGGUGAGAAAGCCAAGAAACCACCCCUGAGGCAUCGUAAUCUGCCCCCUUCUUUCUUCACCGAACCGGCCAACUGCUCCAAAGUCAGCUCCACGUCUGGGAUGACGCUGAAGGACCUGGAGCGGGGCAAUCCUGAGGCGGCGGAGUUCUUCGAGCUCUUGGGGCCAGAUUACAGCAACAUGGUCAGCGACCAGGACCUUUAUCAAAAUAUGCCUGUCCGGGUGCAGCCAGAGAUGGGAGGCCCUGAUCCUGAUCCUGCUUCCUACGAUGCUCACCAUUUAGUCGGGGGUCUCCUCUACUCUGAGCCCUGGACUAGCUGCUCGGUACCCACUAAGAAAGUAGGGGAGAAUCUGCGAACAGGCCCAAUCCAGCCCCCUGUUUACUGUCAUUCUGAGGCUGCUUCCGGGUCCAUAGAGGAUAACGCACUGUGCACUUUGGCCUUCCCCAACUUCUUCACAGACUGCUCCAUACCUCAGGUCACUUAUGAUUUAAGUGGCGGUUAUAACAGAGCUAAUUAUUCAUCUCUAUGAGAAACUGACAAUUCCGUUCUGGUAGAAGUGCUGGUAUAAGAGAUACAAUUGCUGUGACAAAUGUAACACUAGUCUCAGAGAGUUGGAUAUUACUGUAUUAUAUUUGUUUAUCUGUUGUGGAAGUAAUAUUGCAACUGGAUUUACACUUUUUUUUCUCUAUCAUCCCCUCUCAACAACUCCAUGUGUCACUUUCCCCCUGAGAGAAACAAGGAACUUGAAAUGGUGUCUUUCGAAAAGGAAUUGCCCAAAGCUUUUCAUGUAACUGGAUACCGUGUACUUUUCAACAUCGCAGUUUUCAUUGACUACACUGUUCUGUUUAAAAUGAUCCACGUGUGCAUAUGAUUUUCUUUAUCUCAGGCAACUUCUAUUGACAUUCUGAAUGAAAAUACAUCUGAUUUUGUGUAAGCUUCCAUUUUGUCAGCAGAGAGUAUGUGAGUCCGUUCCUUUGGAUGUAUGUCAUUAAUCUGGGACUUUGUUAAUGAAGACAUUUCAUUCUAACAUUUUCAUUUAUUUUUUAUUUUUUUCAUACAAAAAGAAAGCAUACAAGCUGCAGAAGUAGUUGUUGGUUUAGUCCACUAAUCAUCACUUUUUGCUAGAAAAUUAUAUCAGAGAACUGUUUGCUACAUUUGACGCAACAUGCUGCAACAAUCUCUCAGCGAGGCACUUUUUGGGGUUCCUGUAAGUCACUGGUCUCUGUAGAGGGAGACACUCGUUCUGCUGAAAUGAUGAUUACAACGACGUGUGAUGCUGUGUUUUGUUUUCCAGCAUUUUCCAGCUCAGAAAUGAGUUUUUUUCAGCUGGCAGAUUUCCCACUUGCAUCCAUUUUGUUGGAAAAGCCUUAUAUGUAUCUAGCUAUUGUAAGAGGACAAAAUAAAGCUGGUCUUUAUUACCGUGA